AACACACAUUUGUUCUCUUGUGCCUAAUUACAAUGUCAGCCUGUAAAUAGAGCAGCCGCUAGGUGGGUGUUACUCAUUCUCUCGCAGUUCACUCGAACAGCAACACCAUGCCUGAACCAGCUAAGACCGCGCCCAAGAAGGGAUCCAAGAAAGCCGUGACCAAGACGGCGGGUAAAGGUGGCAAGAAGCGCAGAAAGACCAGGAAGGAGAGUUACGCCAUCUACGUGUACAAAGUCCUGAAGCAGGUGCACCCUGAUACCGGUAUCUCCUCUAAGGCCAUGGGCAUCAUGAACUCGUUCGUCAACGACAUUUUUGAGCGCAUCGCCGGUGAGUCUUCUCGUCUGGCUCACUACAACAAGCGCUCCACCAUCAGCUCUAGGGAGAUCCAGACUGCCGUGCGUCUGUUGCUUCCUGGAGAGUUGGCUAAGCACGCCGUGUCUGAGGGCACAAAGGCCGUCACCAAGUACACCAGCUCCAAGUAAAGCGCGUUACCGCUGUCUUUAUCUACACAAAGGCUCUUUUAAGAGCCACUACAUUCUCUCUGAAAAAUGAGCAGUUUUUUUUUUGUGUGUGUGUGUGUGUGUGUUGAUUCACAGAUAAAGAGUACAGAGUAUUUGUUAGGAAUAUUGUGGUGAGGGUUAGGAAGAGUAAUUGAAAAUUAAUUCACAUUUAUUUGUAUAGCGCUUUUAACA